ACAUGUGGGACAGAUUUGAGAUGCCCACUUUUUGGUGACAUAUUGCAGAAGGUCGCUGUUGGAGCCGCCUUGGAGUCGCCGCGCCUGCGCGUCCUGCUCCUCCUCCCUGCCACGGGGCGGCCUCUCCGCGCCUCCUAGGCGCCUCCGAGCGGGAGUCCCAUUCUCUCCGCGCCUCCUGUUCUCUCCGCCCUUCCCGCGUUCUCCACUCCCACGGUUUUCCUCCCGCGCGCCACACACCGCCGCCCGUGCGGCAGCCAGCGGCGGCGAAGAGCCGGUAGCUUUAGCCGGUAGCUUUGGGGCGGCAGGCGGGCGCGCGAGGGUGGCGGGAUGGGGCGGCCGAAGCAGAAGAAGGCGCAGCUGAAGCGGGGCAGGCGGAACGCCAGGCCGGCAGGCGCGCCGCGCGCACUCCAGGAUGAUGGCGCCUCGCCGCUGGCGCUCGGGGCGGACGGCGGCGCGACGGAGGGCGGCGGCGGCAGCAACGCGCUCAUCAUCGCGCCGUCGGCGCGCGGCAGGGGCGGCGGGCGCGAGCAGCGGCGCGAGCGGACGGAAGGGACACAAGCUGACUCGGAUUCUGACGCUGACGUGGCUGCUGACGUGGCGCUGGACAACGAUGACGUGGAGAUGGUGGACGAGCGCAAGAAGCGGCGCAACAGCAAGCGGCUGCAGAGGAAGCUGCGGCGCAUCCAGGAGGAGAAGGAGAAGAAGGUGAAGCGCAGGCACGCCAUGCACCUUCUGUUGCAGCACGAGGCGUCGCCCACGGCGUUGCAUCUCAUGGCGCCCAGCAGCACGCUGGGGCAGAGCGGCAGCACCAAAGCCAAGGUGAAACGCGCCAUGGCGUUUGUCAAAGCCGGACUGACACCCCCCCCUGAGCUGCAGACACUGCUGCUGCGGGAGAGACGCGGAGGGGCGAGAGAGGAGAGCGCGGUGGAUGGUGAGGAGAGUAAGGAGGAGGGGAAGGGUAGGUUGGCGUGGAAAGAAGAGAGGGGAAGAGGGAGGAGUGGGGAGGAAGGUGGGGAAGGGAGAGGGGUGGGUGAGGGGAGUAGAGAGGCGGCAGGGAAGGACGAGGACGAACAGGAGGGCGAAUUGCAGAUGGCCAAGGCUGGGACGGCCGACAGUGGUGCGGCUGUGAGAGAGGCCAGGCAGAGCAGCCGGGAGUACGGGGAGAGACACAAGGAGGACGCAAGAGAGGAGGGGGAGGUCAGUGAUGAUGGUGAGGAGGAGGAGGGAGGGGAGGAGGAGGAGGAGGGAGGGGAGGAGGAGGAGGGAGGCGAGGAAGAGGAUGAAAGGGAGGAGUGUGAGGAAGUGAGGAAGGAGGCCGAGGGGCAGGAGGAUCGAGGUGGAGCGAUGAGCCACCGGAGAAUGGCGACCAGCCAGGAGAGCCAGCAGCAAGGCGUGAAGGGCCACCAGGAGGGGAUGGAGGAAGCUGCGAGGAAGGAGGAGAGUCUCAUGGAUGACGUCAUCAUGAGUGAAUGCCGUAGGGGUGAAGGGCAGCAGCAGCAGCAGCAGGCACAGGCAGGGCGGGCAGAGAAGGGAAGGCUGGGAGGGGAGAAUGGGGAGGGAGGGGAGGGAGGGGCAGGAGGGGCGGGAGGGGUUGGUGGUGUGAGGGGCGAGGAGGAGGGCAAGGCGGGGCGGGGCGGCAAGCUGUGGGUGCACGUGCAGCGGCGCGCCGAGAUAGAGGCGCAGCGCGCGGGGCUGCCGGUGGUGGCAAUGGAGGCGGACAUCAUGGAGGCCGUGGCGGCGAGCAGCACCGUCAUCGUGUGCGGGGAGACGGGCUCGGGCAAGACCACGCAAGUGCCGCAGUUUCUCUACGAGGCUGGCUUCGGCUCCUCCCUGCCAGGCGGCACGCCAGGAAUGAUAGGCGUGACGCAGCCGCGCAGAGUGGCGGUGCUGGCAACGGUCAAGCGCAUCGCGGACGAGAUGGGGGUCACUGUGGGCCGCCAGGUGGGCUACCAGGUGCGCUACGACCGCCACGUGGCGGGCGGCACUGGAGGCACGGGCGGCUCAGCGAUAAAGAUCAUGACGGACGGCAUUUUGCUGCGCGAGGUGCAAGCGGACGUGCUCUUGAGGCAGUACAGCGCGGUGAUCCUGGACGAGGCGCACGAGCGCAGCGUGAACACCGACAUCCUCAUCGGGCUGCUCUCACGCAUUGUGCCGCUCCGAGAGAAGCUCUACAACGAAGCCAAGAGCAGCAAGCACCCCUCCUCCGCGCCCCUGCCGCCCCCCCUGAAGCUGAUCAUAAUGAGCGCCACGCUGCGCGUCCAAGACUUCACCCUCAACCCGCGCCUCUUCCCCUCGGGCCCGCCGCCCGUGGUCUCCGUGCCCGCGCGCCAGUUCCCCGUCACCGUGCACUUCGCCCGCCGCACCGAGCUCGUGGACUACGUCCGGGCAGCCGAAAAAAAGGUUUCGGCGAUCCACAGGCGGCUGCCCGCCGGAGGGGUUCUGGUGUUUCUGACCGGGCAGCGAGAGGUGGAGGACCUCUGCAGGAAGCUUCGGAAGAAAUUUCCUGUGAAAGCGGGAGGGCAGAGAGGGGGAGAAGGGGGGGAUAUAGGAAAAGGGGGAAACGGGAGCAGGGUGGCUGGGGUAAGUGCUGGUAACAGUGCCCGAGAGAGAGCUGGGGAUGGGGGUGGUGAAAGGGCGUGUGGAGAGAAGGCGAAGGGCAAGGGGGGGAAGGGAGAGGAGGGAAGAAGAAGGGGAGAGGAGGAUGGUGAGAGUGGGGAGGGGCAGCAGAGGGAGCAUGACGCGAACCUAGACGCCAUAGUUCGCAUGGAGGGGGGCGAGGGGGCAGAGAGGGACGAGAAGGCAGAGAGGGGCGAGAAGGCAGAGAGGGCAGGGAAGGAAGGCAGUGGAAAGAAGGAGGAUGGGGCGGGGAGAGGGGAGGAUGAGGCAGUGGGGGGCGUGAGGGAUGGGGAGGAGGAGGAGGCGGAAUGGGAGGCGGUGGCAGAAGGGGUAGUGGAUGAGAGCGACGAUGACUACGAGGAGGAGGAGGAGGAGGAGGAGGAAGAUGAGGAGGAGGAGUGGGAGACGUGGGGAUUGCUAGGGGGAGAGCAGGGGGAGUUGCAGGCGGGAGAGGGAGCGGGUGAUGGAGCACAGUCGAGCGGCGCUGCUGCUGCUCAUGCCUCAAAGGAGGCAGCCAGCAAGCAGAGCCCCUGGGAGGGUGUGGCGCCGCUCUCGCAGCUGCUGCACGCCGCGGGCAGCACGGGUGCUGGCGGGCGGGCAGGUGCAGAAGCAGCAGGAGGGGGAGGCAGGAUGGCGGAUGAAGGGGGUAAUGGGGGGGCGGGGGGAGAGCAGGCGGAGGGGGCAAGGGCUGAUGGGACGAAUGGAGAAGAAGGGAGCGAGAGGGGCAAGCAAGGGGCAGGUGCCGUGGAUGGGCAGCAGGGGCAGCAGGGGCAGCAGGGGCCGGGCGGCAUGUAUGUGCUGCCGCUGUAUGCGAUGCUGCCAGCAGCGCAGCAGCUGAAGGUGUUCGGUGCAGUGCCCGAGGGGUGCCGCCUGGUGGUGGUUGCCACCAACGUGGCUGAGACCUCCAUCACCAUCCCAGGCAUCCGUUACGUGGUGGACAGCGGGCGGGCCAAGGUCAAGCACCACGCAGUGGGGUCAGGCUUGGCGCGCUUCACAGUGGAGUGGAUCUCCCGGGCCUCCGCAGACCAGCGCGCAGGCAGGGCGGGGCGCACGGGGCCGGGGCACUGCUACCGGUUGUACUCGAGCGCGCUGUUUGGCAACGAGCUGGAGGCGUUCGGGCGGGCGGAGAUAGAGCGGACGCCUAUAGAAGGGGUGGCGCUGCAGAUGAAGGCCAUGGGCAUCGAUAAGGUUCUCAACUUCCCCUUCCCCACGCCCCCCGACCCGCACUCCCUCGCCUCCGCCCUGCGCUGCCUGCAACACCUCUCCGCCCUCCCCCCCUCCGCCUCCCCUUCCCUCCCCUCGCCCUCCCCCUCUCUCUCCUCGCCCUCCAUCACCCCUCUGGGCCGCGCCAUGGCGUGUCUGCCAAUCAGCCCCCGCCACGCGCGCACCCUGCUUGCAGUCCUGGUAGAAGCUGCCAGGAAGGUUCCUGUGGCGGAUCUGAUGGGUGGCAGAGAGGGGAGUGAGGGUGGGGCGCAGGGAGGGACGGAGGGGAGGGAGGCGGAGGGAGUGGGGGUGGGGAGGAGGAAGGGGAAGAGGCGGUACAUGGAUGGGGCGGCAGAGGAGGGGGGGGAUGACAGGCGCAGCAGGGAGGGGGGUGUGGGGCGAGGACACAACAAGGGGGGGAAAGAGCGGGAUGAGCAGGAGGAGGUGGGGCGGGUGAGUGCAGUGGUGGUGCGGUAUGCCAUCGCCGUGGUGGCGGCCAUGAGUGUGGACAGCCCCUUUCUCCGUGACCAGGGAGGCACUGCGGGCCAAGGCGAAGAGGGAGGGGGGAAGAAAGGUGAGGGGGAGGACGGCAAGGGUGGAGGCGAGGGAGAGGCGAGGGCAGGUGAGGGCGGGAAGGGCAGUGGUGCCAGCAUGGAUGGUGGAGCCAAGCAGGGUGCACCAGGCGCAAGUGCCUCGCCUGGCUGUGCGUUGUCGCGCCGUGCGGCACAUGCGGUGUUUUGGAGCCGCAACAGCGACGCCAUCACGGCCGCCAACGCACUCCGAGCGUACGACGCUGCUGUCAGAGGCAUGAGGGGCAGGGGGGGGCGCGCAGCACAGGCGGCCGGGGCGGAGGGCGGCGAGAGCAGGGCGGGCGCAGGGGGGUUUGGAGGAACGGGCGAGCGGUUCUGCCGGCGGUUCUUCCUGCACGAGCGCAGCAUGCGCGAGAUGUCGCAGCUGGCGCAGCAGCUGUCGCGCGUCCUCGUAUCGGGCCAGCGCGCCCACGUGCUCCAGUCCUUCCUCUCCCUCGCCCUCUCCUCCCCCACCCGCCCUGCCGCGCCUGUACCUCUCACUCUCCUGGUGGAGCGAGGGGAGGAGCUGUGGGCGGGGAGGGAGAGGGGCGUGGAGGGGCGGGUGGAGCCGGGGUUGAGGGAGUGGGAGGAGGGGCUGUUGAGGCGGGGGCUGGCUGCGGGCUGGGCGGACCGCAUGGCCCGCAAGCUGGCACCGGGCGACAAACCUGCAGCAAGUGCUACAGCCGCUGCUCACAACCUACCGAAACGUGCCGUGCAGUACGAGACACUGUUCAUGGACGAGCCCGUCCUCCUCCACCCGCGCAGCGCCGUGUUCCGCUCGGCCCCUCCCCUGGUGCUGUUCAACGAGAUGGUGCAGACUGACACACGCCCCUUCCUCGUUGGCGCCACUGCCGUCGACCCCGCCUGCCUGCCCGCCUGCUGCCCCGCGCUCUGCUCGCUCUCCAAGCCGCUGUCCGACCCGCCCCCGCGCUACCACCCGCCCUCGGACCGCAUCCUGGCGUCCGUCUCCGCUGUGUACGGCCCCAAGCGCUGGGCGCUGCCGCCGUGCACCGUGGACCUGGAGGGGGGCAGGGAGCGCGCUGCUGUGUUCGCGUGCGCGCUGCUGCAGGGGCACGUGCUGGCAGCCGUGAAGCGGUUACAUGGGGUGCUGGCUGGUAACCCUGCGAGCUUGCUGCGGCCAGAGGGGCUGGCUCAGAGGCGGGCGGCUGACCUGGUGCAUAAGCUGCUGGUGGGGGUGAGGGGGGGGAGGGGGGGAAAGGGGGGAGGAAUGGGAGUGGUGGUGGUGAGGGAGAGGGGGGUGUGAGGGGACCUGUUGACAGUAAGGCGAAGCUGAGGGCUGCUUGGGAGUGUGACAGUGAGUUUUUGAAGGCGGAGGUGAGGAUGUGGGUGCGAGCAGGGCAGGAGGGGGUGGUUGAUGGGUUGUGGCCGGAGAUUGUGAAGGAAGUGGCUGUUGGAGGCAAGAAGAUGGAAGCAAGGAGAUUCAUGUAGUCAAGUCAUGUGACAAAAAUGUAGUCUGUAACAUUUGACAUCUGGUGGUUUGGAAGAUGUACAGGUUGAAGUGUGCAAUGCACCAUGAAUAAAGAAAUACCAUGAUU